AUGAAACUGUUACUACUCGUCGCCGGUCUCGCUCUGGUCAGCGCCAGGACUCCCAUCGAGCCCAUCUCCAUCAACUACCAUAAAGAUAUUGGUAUUCCAGAGGCGACUAGAAUCAGGAAUGCAGAGGCCGCUCAGGACUUCGACGGCAGCAGGAUCGUUGGGGGUCAGGUGGCACGCCUCGGCGCUCACCCUCAUUUGGGUGGCUUAGUCAUAAUCCUCAACACCGGUCAUACUUCAGCAUGCGGCUCCUCUCUGCUGUCCAACACCCGCCUCGUCACCGCCGCCCACUGUUGGCGUGACCCCCAACACCAGGGCAGACAGUUGACUGUCGUCCUCGGCUCUACCCGCCUCUUCUCGGGUGGUCACAGAGUCAACACCAAUAAUGUUCAACUACAUGGAAGCUACAACGUCUUCACUAUGAACAAUGACGUAGCCAUGAUCACCAUUCCGUGGGUUGGCUACAACAACAACAUUCGUAAUAUCGCUCUGCCCAGUGGUGUGCUGCUGAACCGCAACUUCGCUGGAGAACGCGCGGUGGCCGCCGGCUUCGGUAGGACUUCUGACUCUCCAGCUGGAAACAAUAACCAGGACCUGCAUCAAGUAACGCUGACUGUUAUCGAAAACUCCGAAUGUACCAAAGUCUACGGACCACAAACCGUAAUCGGAAGCACUCUCUGCACCAGUGGAAAGGGAGGCAUUGGUAUUUGUCAGAAGGAUUCUGGUGGCCCUCUCGUCUUUACCUUCAACGGUGUCAGAAACUUGAUUGGUAUUUCCUCGUUCGUGUCAGCACGAGGUUGCCAGGCCGGUCUGCCCGCCGGUUACGCGAGAGUCACCUCAUUCGCCAGCUGGAUCAGAGGAAGACUGUGA